UACCCACGACUACCCACGACUACCACCGACUACCCACGACUACCACCGACCAUCCAGCUACCAUUCAGCUACCAUCCAACUACCAGAGGCAUGGACCAUCAGUACCUCCCAUCCCUCAGACAUUUCACUGUCCACGCGUGUACCUUGCACCUCACACGAGUGUAUCAUCUGGUAUGGUCACAGGUGGGUGGAUAACACCACUGCCACUCCCACUCCCACUCCCACUCCCACCCCAUUCUCUCAUACUUCCUCACAACACAGAUAGAUAAUCCUCCCUCCCCUCCCCUCCCGUCUUCUUUUCCCCUUUCUCUCUCCUUUCUUUUUCUCUCUCUCUCUUCUCCACUCAUUUCCACAUAUCCCCAGAUCCAAAAGCUCAAGUUCAUCUGUUUAUCGUUUCUCUCUUCUCCUAUCUUCUCACCGCACCGCUCGCCUCGCAUAGCCACACUCGCCUUAUCGCUCCAGUCGAUCGAUCGCCUGCUGAGCACGCGAUUGCUUGCCACGUCCCAGCACCACCAGGCAACCCUCAUUCCUGUCGAGGAUGCCCCGUCCCACGGCUCCCCCCACACCGUCCUCCUCGACCGACCUCAAAAGCCGCGAUGGCUCCCUCUUCAUCUCCUCGCAGAUGUCCUUUGAGCUGCCUCCCCCAGCUCUAACAUUUGACUCGCGGCCCUCCAGCACGUCCGCCGCCUCGUCCUCCUCCUCAUACCACCCGCACUCGCCCAUGUCCGGCGCGCAGCCUGCUCCGGCGGCCAAACCCCGAGCCUCGACCGGCAGGAAACGCACCUCCACUGCGGGAUCCAGCGCUGCCAAGGGCGCCGAGCCAUUCGACCUGCCUCCCCCACCCACGCGCACCCGCAAGAUCAUCCAGAUGAAGCCCGCUGAUGCGCCCGCCAGCGCGCCGUCCGCCGAUGAGCAGCCUGCCAAGACCGCCGCGGCGAGCAAGCGCAAGCCGCCCUCCGCAACGAGCGCUGCGGGCCGCAAGAUGGCGCGCAAGACGGCGCAUAGCCUGAUUGAGCGGAGGCGGCGGAGCAAGAUGAACGAGGAGUUUGGGGUGCUGAAGGAUAUGAUCCCCGCGUGCAAGGGGGAGAUGCACAAGCUUGCUAUUCUACAGGCCAGCAUCGAAUACGUCCGCUACCUCGAAGACUGCAUCGCGCAGCUCAAAUCCCCAUUCAACACCCCCACCAUCGCCAUCCGCCACGAAUCAACCUCCAUCGCACCACACUCCUACGCGGCCUCCUCCAGCGCCUCCGAAGCCUCACACACAGAUACCGAGAUGACUACCGCGCCGCCUGCGUUCGCCCAACAAUCCGCGCAGCAGCACCAGCAGCACCAGCAGCAACAUCACCACCACACCCAGCAACCACAACAAAUCCCCCAGCAGCAACAUCACCACCACACCCAGCAACCACAACAAAUCCCCCAGCAACAACCCUCGCAAUCCCCACCCCUCCGCGCCGCGGAGGACUUCCAGCGCACAUACAGCUUCUCGCACUCCUCGUCCACCUCCCCUGCUUUCGGGCCUCAGACCUACACCGGUGCGCCCGCAUGGCUGGGUAGUGCAGCCAGCUCAGCGCUGACGAGCCCAGCCCUCGGGCCGAUGGCGGAGGAGGAGACGGCUACUGUCGCGCUGAUGAUGUUGAAUGGGGAUUGGAGGAUGGGGGAGCAGAGGGAACGGGAGAGGGGGGGGCUGUGGCGGGGGGGGAGGUGCAGAGGCCGAGGGGGAUGA